UGCAUAACCAAAUAGAAUAAAAACAAGAAGUUUUAUAGUUGAAAACAGAACAUUAUGAACUACAGCGAUGGCAGUAAAAAAAUUCAAGUUCAACCGGUGUCAAACCAAUGGGGUAAUUCAUUUUUAAUUAACUAUAUAUGAAGAUAUAAAUUUUAAUAAUUUCUUUAAUUAUUUUUUAUUGAUUUAUUAAGUUAACCGAGGUUUUAAGUACGUUAAAGCCAUACAAGAAAAGGAAGAAAUGCAUGAAAAUGAAAUAGUGGACAAAAGAUUGAAUUCGGAACCCAAGUAAUAACAAAAUCACAAAUUCACACUAUUAGUUAUAAUUAGCAAUUAUUAUUAUUUUAUAUAAUUGAUACUACCAUUUUCAUGAUUUACAUUUAACCACAAGUCUAACAAAAAAAAAAAAAAUUAGAACAAAAAAUGUUUGAUAAAACUGUUUAUCAGAUUUUAUAAUUCGCACUGUUGAAUAUAAAGAUUUUAUAAUUCGCACUGUUGAAUAUAAAAUGACAAUCUACUAUUAAUUUUACAAAAUCCAUACUAUCUCUCACAGAAACAAAAAAUUAUGCAUGUAUUAGAAUCCAUAUCAAAUGGAUUUUAAUAGCAUUAUUAUAUUUCCAUAUGAAUAACAUAAUACAUUGGUAAUUCAUUACAAAAUAAUGACUUAUACUCGUUAUAAGGUUACUAUAAAUACAAUUCUGCUUAUUGUAGCUAGUUUGUUAGAUGAUUACAAUAUUUUCUUACUACAUGAUUUCAAUUUUAUUAAUUGAUUCUUUUGAUUUGUAGUUCCAACUGGAUGAAGUUAAAUUGUUAUUCAACCCCAGGCUUAAGUUUAAAUAAUUUGUCUCCAGAAGCAGGUAAUUUACUCUCAGUUAAAAAUGUCAAUAUGUUUUUAUAAUCGAAAAAUUAAUGUUUUAGUUAUUUUUACUUUACUUGGUCCAUUAUAUCAACAUUCAACAGAAGAAACUGAAAAUGCAGAGCCAGAAAAUCAAAUGGUUAAUGAUUUGAAUGUUUUAUCUCCUAAAUUAGGUAAUCAAUUUUUUUUUUUCUUUUCUUGAAAUGUAUUGAAAAUUUCUACAAUACUAAUAACAGUGGUUUGAUUUUUCUCUUGGUGGUCUAAACAAGUUUAUUCUACAUCUGUUGAUUAAUAUUUGACAUUCACUAUGUAUGCACACCAGUAUAUUUUAUUUACUCUAUUCUAGCCAAUUAUAUUUUUCUUCAUAUCUAUUUGUACACUUCAUGGAUUUUAUCUAUCAUCAGAAGGAAUUUCAUCUGCAUAAAUUUAGAAGCUUUAAUUAGGAGUUAUUUAGUUUUGUAAAGAGUAGCUAUCUCUUCUACUUAUUUAUAAUAGAUUCUAGAAAAUAUAAUACUUUUUUUUUUUUUAAAAAGCCUUAACAUUUUUCUUUAAAAUUCUUUUUAACUUUCAUUGGCAUAAACAUUAUUUUAUGAAUGGUGGUUGUAUAAGAAUCUAGAAUGAAAACAGUAAAAUAUAUUUUUACAUUUCAUAUUUUUUUAUUUUAAUUUUAUUUCGUCUUUUUUAACCCAGUUCACAUGAUCAAAUAUUUGGCCAAAUUAUCUAUAACUCUUUAGUGAUUGUUUAAAUAUAACCCGUGUAAAUUUGCACAAUAAUUACUAUAGGUAGUAGCAUUGAUUAUUGAUUUCUAAUCAAGAUGCAGUUAAUAUUUCAUUAACAUCAUGAUACUAAGUCAUUAGGAUAUUCUUGUAUUAGAGUUACACCAUGAAUUAUAACUGUGAAAAAUUAAUUAAACUAUAUAAAUUAUGGAAACUAAGGAAAUUGUUUAAAAAUAAACUUUCAAGGUUAAAAACUAAGUAAAUAAGUAGGUAAUUAUAUAAGUAUCUUAGUGCCUACUUUAACUUUCUAUGUCGUAUACAUUAGUAUUUGAUUCAGAAAGUAGGGAGCGAUCUAUUGGUUUUACUAUGAUGUGUGUGUCGUGUGUGUAUUAUAAUUAAAGAUAUAAUAAAAUAAUUUAUUUUACCAAGAACCCAAAAUCAUAAAUGUAAAUAAUUCGUCACCACAAGUUUUUAGUGGUAGGUACCUACCAAUCUGUUCGGUGUUCAGUCUAGCAAUACACACUUUUACUCUCUUCAAUGUCAUUGAAAACUAAUUUGAUUUUAUUUAAAGUUUUCUAUAGAUAAUAAAAUGUAAUAAAUAAUAAUUGUAAUUGGAGUACAAAAUACGACAAUGCCUUUGUACAAAAUGUAUAAAUUAUAUUUUAUAAUUAUUAUAUUACUCGUCUGUUAAACGGAAAAUAAAAUUAUUUAAAGAAAAAUUAUAACCAAUAUAGAUUUAAUAGAAAAUGCUUUAAAAGAAAUCAACGAGGAGUGCGUUAGAGCCGAUGUUGAUAUAGAAGAUUUCAUUGCGUUUGACAAUAAAUUAGAAACGCAUCAAACUUACGAUUCCGUGUCUUUUUUAGAAGAGGAAAAAGAAAAAGAAAAUAAUGAUGAUGAUAAUGACAGUAAGACCAACGAUAAGCCAAAAAUAAAAGAUUUUAAAACCGCAAUCUCAUAUUUAGAAGAAUUACAAAAAUUUUCAAUCAUGAUUUCAAAUUCAAAUCUAUUAGAACUGACAACCAAAGCCCGAGAAUGUGCUAAACACGCUGCUUGCUCUUAAUCACAAAAAGCAAUCUAAUAUUAAAAAUUAUUUUUCUAAAUUAUAAAAAAAGUACAAAUUUGUUACUGAUAAUGAAUUUCUAAUUAGAAACACUUAUUAUAAUAUUAAUUUAUUUAUUUUGUAUUUAUAUAUUAAUUUACUAUAUUUAAUUUGUUAUCAAUCUAAUAAUCUAAUAUUUGACAAAACUGUCAAAUAUUUUAGAGAUUGUGUGAUCCUAGCUUUACUAACAAAAUUUUGGUAAUACAAAGAAUAUAAAUAUCUCAUUUAAUGAUAUAUUAAAGCGUUAUAAUGUGGCUACUACUUGUUUGAAGAGUUAAGAAACUUGUAAUUCAAUUCACAAUUGUAAAUAUUCUUCGGUUGAACAAAAAAAAAAAAUUGUUACCUAUAACUAAUUUCAAAUGAGAAGUAUUUUAGAUUUAUAGUUCAGCUGAAUAAACUUUUUUACCAAGGGGCGGUUUUCAACUGUCAUUAAUACUGUCAACUAUCCAAAAAUUAGUUAAGCUAGUUUAAUUUUGUGACUAAAGUUACGAUUUUGGCUGUUCUCUUACUUUAAUAAUAUACUACUAAGGUUUGUUUUGAGUAGCUGGUGCUCUCAACUACUUGAAUAUUAGUUGUCAUUACAUCACUUGGACUUUCUCAUAGAUCAUACAUAUUUUUUAAUAAUUCUAGUAAAUAAUGUAUCAUUACCAUUAUCAUCACCAUUACCUAUCUAUCACAUACCCAUAAUCUUGUAUUUUGUUUUUCAAUUGUUUGUUACACUUUUUCUGCAAGUAGGUAGGUAUUUUGACACUUUCUAUCAACAUAGAAUAUGAAUAUUGAAAUUUAAAAUCGUCUUCCAUUAACUCAUUGGUAGGUACUAUAUGUGUGUACCCAUAAUCUCAUUUUAUUUAACAGUUUACCUUAGGGAUAGUAUAAAAAAUCAGUUAAGUCCUACUAACCAUCAGUUACAAGCCAAUGAAAACCCAGUCCUAUGACGUGUUAAAUUUUAUAGUAGGUAUGGUUUAUAAUUCAUAAUUCACUUCGUUAUUUGGAUAACCGGUUUGGCAAAACAAUUUUACAUUUAACGGUAUGACUUAUUAGUAUACAAUGCUAUCUGAAUUAAUGAGAUAAUAUAAGUAACUAGAUUAAACUUGAACUUCAUAAUAUGCAGGAGUCAUAUUAUACUGAUUUGGGGACCCAUAGGGAAAUGUUUAUAUUUAGUGGCAAUUCAAAAAUUCAAUUAAUUAUGUUAUUUAGGCUACUAAUAUUUUAUUAAAUGAUACAUCUACAAUCCCUGACUAAGCAAAUUUGUAACAUACACUUGGGAUAAGACCACAACAUUCUGUAAAAAUAUGGGCACAACAGAAACUAACAACAUAAAAAUGUGCAUGUAUUAUACUCUAUUCUCAUUAUCAAUACCUAUUUCAAUGACAUUAAUUUUUGUAAAAUUACUAGUUUCAGUAGAUGUUUCAAGUUCAAUAAUACAAAAAAUGGUCAAUGAAGGACUAAAAGAAAAUGAAAAAUCCUCCGAUGACGUUAGUAAUGAAACAGAUAUUUCGAUACUAGUUGAGGCUAAUUCUAGUGAUCCUAAUAAAUCACGAAAAUGGUGGCAAAAGGUUACAAGGAUUACUAAAAUUACUACAAUAACCAAGGUAAAAGAAAUACAAACACCUGAAUAA